AUGAAUGAUACCCGCGAUAGCGAGGAUCCCUGCUUUGAACAGUGGCAAACCGGUAUCAGCGGUCUCAAGGGCCUUUUCUUGGGCGGCGUGCCAGCAUACUUCAACGGUCACUUCCCGAACUACUCAGAGCAUACUUUGGCUGACUUGAGUGUCUGGACAUGGCUGAACCUCAAGGGUCACAGCCGCAAUAACGCUGGCGUGGUGAAUCUAAAGAGCAACAACCCGCGCGAAACACCUAACAUCAUCUUCCACGCCUUGUUCGAGGGCGUCGGCGACGGAGAGGACCUUCAGGCAGUAAACGAGGAUAUGAAAUACGGCAUCGAGGCAAUUGAAAACUGA